AUGCUUCUCUUAAAUCAACACUUCCCUAUGAAGCUGGUGUUGAGCCCUUGGUUAAUGCAUCCACACAUUUUGGAGAUAAGCCCUGGAUUCAUCAAUGUUGUACUAUCAUCUGCGUGGAUGGCCAAGUGCAUUGAGAGUAUGCUUAUCAAUGGAAUUGACUCAUGGGCGCCUAAACUUUCGGUUAAGCGAGCCGUGGUUGAUUUUUGCUCUCCAAACAUUGCAAAAGAAAUGCAUGUUGGUCAUCUAAGAUCAAUUACCAUCGGUGACACGCUAGCUCGCAUGCUCGAGUACUCAAAGGUUCAAGUUCUACGCAGAAACCAUGUCGGUGACUGGGGAACACAGUUUGGUAUGUUAAUCGAGUACCUCUUUGAGCAAUUCCCUGGUUCAGAUGGAUCGGCCGUGACAGCGAUUAGAGAUCUUCAGAGUGAUGGUGGUUUUACUUAUGACACAACGGAUAUGGCUGCUCUUUGGUACCGGCUUAACGAAGAGAAAGCUGAGUGGAUUAUUUAUGUGACAGAAGCUAACCAAGAGGGGCACUUUGAUAGGUUAUUCAAAGCUGCCAGAAAAGCAGAUUGGCUUCCAUCUAAUGAUAAAACUUACCCCAGAGCUAGUCAUGUUAGAUUUGGUCAAGUCCUUGGAGAAGGUAAAGACAAAGAAUGGACACUCGAGGAGCUGAACCAAACAGCUGAGGCAGUUGGUUACGGUGCGCUGAAGUAUGCUGAUCUGAAGAACAACAGAUCGACAGAUUAUUCUUUCAGCUUUGAUCAAAUGCUUAAUGACAAGGGAGAUACAGUUGUUUACCUUCUUCGCGCUCAUGCUCGGAUCUGCUCAAUCAUCAGAAAGUCUGGCAAAGACAUAGAUGAGUUGAAAAAGACAGGAAAGCUAGCAUUGGAUCAUGCAGAAGAACGGGCACUAGGGCUUCACCUGCUUCGAUUUACCGAGACGGUUGAGGAAGCGUGCACCAAAUUGUUACCGAACGUGUUGUGCGAGUACCUCUACAAAUUAUCUAAACAUUGCACCAAAUUCUAG